AUGCACCCUUUCCUGAGCGACGACACUAGUGUCAAGAGAAUUAACGGGAAGCUUUGUCUAGUUCGCCCCAGCCGUCGCAAAGCGAGAAGCAGUUCAUCCUACGACUUGGGACAUGUGCUUAGUAUCGGCUACGAUCUUCUCAGCGAGGUCUUCGACGGCGCCGCUUUCAGAAUGGACAAGGACAAAGCAGAUGCUGAGGCCGUCAAGACUUCUGUGCUUCAUCAUGUACACGAACCAAAUCCGAUGGCACCUGCGAUGCCCCCUCCCCGGCCAGGAAUAUACCAGCAAGGUAAUCGCCAGCUUGUCUUGCUCCCCAAAGUUCCCACAGGACAUGGACCGCCGCCGAUGAUGCACCAAGGCCACUUCGGAUACCCACAGCAGCCGUUCAUGUAUGGCGGCCAGCCACAGAUGGUGUCCAUGAUGGGGAAUAUGGGAUUUGGCGGCUUCAAUUCACAGUAUGAUAAAUCUGCUCCCGCUGCUGCGCCUGUGACUACGCCAACGUCGAUCACUGUUACGCGGCACUUGUGCGCAAAUUGCGGGAACUUGAGAUCGAGAAAGUAUCAAGCCGCACACCCGCUCCAGGCAGGCGAUACAGCGCCUGUGUCGUUCUGCAGGAAGUGCGAAAAGGAGUUUAGAUCGACUGAUUCUGAGGUCGAGGUUGAACUUCCACUGAAGAAGAGUAAGAGGCACUAUAGAAAGGCGCAGAGGGAGAAGCAUAUCAAAAAGGUGGUUUAUGAGAAGGAUCUAUUCCCGGCGACCCAUAUUUGCGCCCAGUGCGGCAAUCCCAGAUCAAGAAAGUACCAAGCGACGCAUCCGAUCAAUGCUGGAGAAACCCCGCCUGUGUCGUAUUGUGGAAAGUGCCAGAAGGAGGUGACAUCGAGCGAGGACAGUGCUGGAAGUGAAGGAGAGACGGUGAAAUAUGUGACCAGGGGGAGAAAUACGCAUGAGACAGACCGAAAAUAUUACCAAGACCGAAGGAUGAAGAAUAUCUCAAAGAGCACCAAUCAACGCCACUACCGCGAUCUAGAUGGUGAAUCUGGCAGCACUGCAUCCAAGGUAACGCCAACCAAGCCACCCUUCUCCAGACUCCUGCGGGAGCUAAUUUCCGGUCAGAAGGUUCGCGCAAGAACCCCCGUGGAGGAAUAUAUUGUCGUCACCGAGAAGUCAAGCGACCAAGUACAGAAGGGGCGCCAAAGUCAGCGUUAUUUCAAAGGAGAUGGCGACGAACCGCAACAAUCCCCCCUAGUGGCUAUUAGGGAACCAAUCAGGCGUAGGUCCAGCGAGUUGUUGCCAGCAGCUGUGCGGAGAACUAGAAGUUCUUCUCGGCGGAGGAGGAGUCGCGGUAAAGCUCAACCACUCUCGGAAAACUAUGAAUACGAUAGUCAGGAAUCUUCGGAUCCGGAGGGACUUGCCGAGAAAGCAUAUAUGGAUUAUCUCAGCGACGGCGCACCUCUUCAUGAGAGAGAUCGCCCACCAGGGCGCUCGAGACAUAGAUCGCCAAAGGCACAGGUCCACAGAAGAAGAGUAUCAACGCAGGCUUUGGAGGAUUACAUUUCCGAGGAUUCCGUGGCCAGAUUCCGUGAAGCCGCCUCAACCAGACGGAAGGAGCGUGCAAGUUUGCCACCACAAAAUGUUCGCAGUGCCCAUCCUGGGAUUCAAGAAGAGUUGAAGAACCUCAAAGACGACGAGAUGCUUGUUGUCACCGAGCGCUACGACUACCGCCCACAGAAAUCCUCAUCAGCCGUUGGUGAGCUGAGAUAUGAACAGGCGGAUCGAGGCAGAAAGCCACAUCGAGCUUCACAGAGGCUCAUCAGCCAGAAUGAUGCUGCGGAGUAUUUCCCCGAGGAAUGGAGUCGGACUAGAAGCCGUACCAGUCGGCACACUAACUAUCAGCGAAUUCGACCGCGCGACCUGGACGGUGCAGCUCUACCGAGCGGGCCAGGAAGCUCCGAAGCAAGCGUCGACCAGCAAAGUUAUCAUGAAGGCACAGAUAUUCGACCACUCCUCCCACCAGCACCUACACCUCCGAGCGUCUCGACGGCAACCAGUGGAAGCGUGGAUACAUACAGUUACUCCUCACGCGACACGACCGAGUACCCUCCCUCCAACGAGCCACGUGUUUAUCGCCCUUCUCGUCUCCCAGGCGAGUACCAGCCCAGUUCUGACUCCGGUUCCUCGCUGCAAGCUGCGUCGCCUCCUGUUGCCUCGCCACGGACUUCAAGACAACAACGCUCGCCUAUCCGCACGAGACGUGGAUCCCGCACAUACCGCGCGCCGUACGUGCGGGAUGCAAAUAGUGGAGGAAGUGAAGGGGCGAGAGUCUCGUCGCGUAGCCGGUCGAGAGAGAGGGUGGUGUUUUACUCUGAGGGAGAGGAGGAGCCGAGCGAUUUGACGGCGAAUGAUCGGAUUGACAAGCGACGAGUAGCGUUUGGGCCAAACCAAGUGAGGACGAUUAGUAGAGAUUCAUUGGCGGCGGAGGGGAGGCGAGAGAGAGAGAGGGAGCGGGAAAGGGAGUUUGGGGUUUCUGGGAUGAGAUAUGGGCACUGAGAGAGGAAGGGGAAUACAUGGAGUGAAGAGGUGAAUGUCUGACAGAUGAAAGAUGUGGUAGAAU